AUGGCCUCCUCCCUGCGUGUUGGAAGCUCUCUGCUUCGCUCGACUUCAGUCACCUCCAAGCCUUUCGUCCAGAAAGCUGCGUUCAACGGUGUUCGCUGCGCCAGCACCAAGACCCUCAAGGACACCUUUGCAGACAAGCUCCCAGGCGAGAUCGAAAAGGUCAAGAAGCUGAGAAAGGACUAUGGCUCCAAGGUUGUCGGCGAGGUCACCCUAGACCAGGUCUACGGUGGUGCUCGAGGCAUCAAGUCCCUGGUCUGGGAAGGAUCCGUUCUCGACUCGGAAGAGGGUAUCAGAUUCCGAGGAAAGACGAUUCCAGAAUGCCAGGAAGUCCUUCCCAAGGCUCCCGGCGGCGAGGAACCUCUUCCGGAGGGUCUUUUCUGGCUUCUCCUCACCGGAGAGGUUCCAAGUGAACAACAGGUCCGCGACCUGUCUGCAGACUGGGCCGCUCGCUCCGAUCUGCCCAAGUUCGUCGAGGAGCUCCUCGACCGCUGCCCAAGCGACAUGCACCCCAUGGCUCAAUUCUCCAUCGCCGUUGCCGCCCUCGAGCACACCUCCGAGUUCGCCAAAGCCUACGCCAAGGGUAUCAACAAGAAGGAGUACUGGACCUACACCUUCGAGGACUCGAUGAACCUGAUUGCCAAACUCCCUACGAUCGCCGCCAAGAUCUACCGCAACGCAUACAAAGAUGGCAAGGUUGCACCUAUCCAGAAAGAUAAGGAUUACGGAUUCAACUUGGCCAACCAGCUUGGCUAUGGUGACAAUGCCGACUUCGUUGAGCUGAUGCGUCUGUACUUGACCAUCCACUCCGACCACGAAGGUGGUAACGUCAGCGCGCACACCACUCACCUGGUCGGUAGCGCUUUGAGCUCUCCCAUGUUGUCACUGGCUGCCGGUCUGAACGGUCUGGCUGGUCCUCUACACGGCUUGGCUAACCAGGAAGUCUUGCUCUGGCUCACCAAGAUGAAGGAGACCAUCGGCGAUGAUCUCAGUGAUGCCAGCAUCACCAAGUAUCUCUGGGAUACCCUCAACAGUGGCCGCGUCGUCCCUGGCUACGGACACGCCGUUCUCCGCAAGACUGAUCCUCGUUACGUCUCGCAACGCGAGUUCGCUCUCCGCAAGUUGCCCAACGACCCCAUGUUCAAGCUUGUCAGCCAGGUCUACAAGAUUGCCCCUGGCGUUCUGACCGAGCAUGGCAAGACCAAGAACCCCUACCCCAACGUUGAUGCUCACUCUGGUGUCCUCCUGCAAUACUACGGCCUGACUGAAGCCAACUACUACACCGUCCUCUUCGGUGUUUCGCGCGCUCUUGGUGUUCUACCUCAACUGAUCAUCGACCGUGGUUUGGGGGCUCCCAUCGAACGACCAAAGUCCUUCAGCACUGAGGCCUAUGCCAAACUCGUCGGCGCUUCUUUGUAA